UAAUUAAAAAAGACCUUAUUUCCGUUGAAGUAUUCAAAGUCCACGGUGUCUCUCACCCCAAUUAACCGACUUAAUCAUCAUUAUUUAACGCGUAUAUAAAAAGGUUCUAUUCAUCUCAAAUCUAUCACACAGAGUUUGUUGCAAAAACAGUUUACAAACAUAAACACAAUUCAAUCUUCUUCACUUUCGUCUCUCUCUCUUUUUCCCUAAUCAAUGGCUCGUACUAAGCAAACCGCUCGCAAGUCCACCGGUGGUAAGGCUCCAAGGAAGCAACUCGCCACCAAGGCUGCAAGAAAAUCUGCACCUACAACCGGCGGAGUCAAGAAGCCCCAUCGUUAUCGUCCUGGAACCGUUGCUCUCCGUGAGAUCCGUAAGUAUCAGAAGAGUACUGAGCUUUUGAUCCGUAAGCUUCCAUUCCAGCGUCUUGUUCGUGAAAUCGCUCAAGAUUUCAAGACGGAUCUGAGAUUCCAGAGCCAUGCGGUUCUUGCUCUUCAGGAAGCAGCAGAAGCAUAUCUCGUGGGAUUGUUUGAGGACACUAACUUGUGCGCAAUUCAUGCUAAGAGGGUUACCAUUAUGCCAAAGGACAUUCAACUUGCACGCCGUAUCCGUGGUGAACGUGCUUAGGGUUAUGGAGAAUUUAGUAUUAUGAAAAAUGUUUAUUAGGUUUUAAUUAGUUAAGUUUCUUAUAUGGGAUGUAUAGUUCUGGAUUAUAAGGUUCAUUAUAAAUCCAAAAUGAAUUUUUUUUUGUCGACAAGUUGUUAUGUAAUUGGUUAAUUGCAUUGAAACCUUUGUAACAAUGAUUCUUAUUUUUACUUUUGCUUCCCGAUAUGAUAUCUGAUUUUAUGUUGGAUUA